UCAGUAUCAGUUGUUGAUCAACUUCCACAGAGUCGAUAUUUAAAGCGAGUGUCCACAACUCAGAAACCAUUAAAAUAAUUAAAUAACAACUUGGAAUAAAUAACAAAAGUUAACCUACAUUUAUAAAUUUCACUAAAAUAAAUAUAAAAUACUUCACUAAUCCACUUAUGAACUUGCAAUCUUGCCAUGUCGGAUUUAUAACUCAGCAUUAUUUUUAAGUAUCACGUGCACAGUGCGAGUAGAAAGUUUUAAUUUGUUUUUAAUAUCAAACCUUAUCAUAGUGUCGAUACAGCUCAAGCAUGUUAUAACUAUAGUUAAGUUCAUUAUCUAGUUUCGAAUCUCACGAUUCAUCGGCAGUGAUAAUAAAAAUUUUAACUCCAAACAUGGUAUCUUCAGCCGUAUAAAUUUACAGUGUAAAUACGGAGGAAAAGCGAUAAACAAAAAUCAAAAUGGUUAUGGAGGCGUCAGCGAUGGUAGUUGAUUAUUUGGUGUUUAUUGUGGUAAUUGUAAUAUCAUUUGUGGUACCACUGUGGGGUAAAUUUCGUGCUAAAAAAAAGGAAACUAAAGCGAGUUAUGUAUUUGCGACGGGUAGUGUUUCGAUGGGAGCAAUGAUGUUAUCGAUAGCACGUGGUACGCUCGGCGUAAGAUCAUUUCUGGGAUAUCCAUCGGAAUUGUAUUAUCAUGGUAGUGCCAUGUGGGAAACUCUAUACGGUAUGCUACUGGCAUAUCCGAUUGUAUGUUUUAUCUUUGUUCCUGUUUAUUACAGUCUCGGUAUUACUUCUGUUUAUCAGUACUUAGACAUGAGAUUUCAUUCAAAAUUAGUUAGAUGUCUUGCGAGUUUUUCGUAUGUACUGAGAAGUCUUUUGACACUGGCUGUUGUUAUUUUCACUCCUUGCGUCGCAUUAAAUACUGUCAUUGGUUUACCUUACUGGGCCAGUAUCGUCGGAAUGACGACAAUAUCUGUUAUCCUUACGUCAUUAGGUGGCUUGCAAGCAGCUAUUCUGUCAGACGUUAUCCAAGGAGUGACAAUGAUCGGCGUGUCCAUUGUUAUAAUUGUGCAAGGUGUAAUCGACGUUGGAGGACCUGGUAUAGUUUUCAAUGUGACUCAUUCACGUGGACGCCUCGAUUUUUUGGACUUUAAUACCGAUCCGACUGUACGGGUUACGACAAUCUCAGCAACACUGGGUCAAUUAUUCAUGAGCUUGUCGAUUUUUGGCUGCCAACAGAAUUUCGUACAACGUUAUUGCAGUAUGAGUAGUAAAAGCAAAGUCAAUAAAACAAUGAUGGCGAACAUGCCGAUCAUAACAAUCCUCUUUUCUCUAUCCUGGGUCGUGGGAAUGGUAAUAUUUGCCGCUUACGCAGACUGUGAUCCCUAUCAAUCGGGAUUCAUCUCUAAAUUCGACGAAAUAGUGCCGUUCUACGUCGAGGAUAAACUGACCUACCUCCCGGGAUUACUGGGUCUAAUAAUGGCAACGUUAUUCAACGGCGCCUUAACUAUAGCCGUAUCAAAUUUGAAUUCUCUUGCAACAGUAACGUUUGAAGAUUUUCUGAGCCAAAUACCAGCCCUGAGCAACCUAAAAGAUCGCCAACAACUGCAAGUAAUAAAACUCGUUGGUGUAAUUUACGGAAUACUGAUAAUCGGCGCCAGUUUUCUCGUCGCCAUGUUAUCAGGAGUAAUAGAAUCCUCAAUGUUGAUGACUUCCGCGACAUCGGGCCCUCUGCUGGGGGUAUUUGUGCUGGCAAUGUUGAUCCCAUGUGCCAACUGGAAAGGAGCCGCGACCGGAAUAAUCUUCAGCCAUCUUAUGUCCCUAUGGUUGACAUUCGGGCAUCUUUCAGUGGUCGACGAAACGGAAACUCUUCCGCUGUCAAUUGACGGCUGCACAAACGAUUCAUUCUCACCUCAUCUACGCAAACCCUUGUCAACAUUCCCGCUAGAUGUCACUCCGGUCCCUUCUCUCAAUCUUGACUCAACUAAUUUGUUCUCCACAAGUCCCAGUCUACAAGCGGAAGUCUCUGGCCCUCUGGAUGUGAUCUACAGUAUUACUUAUAUGUAUUACGCACUGAUUGGUAGCAUGACUACGAUAAUUAUUGGUACCAUUGUCAGCUUACUCACUGCCGACGAAAAGAAAGACGCUUAUGAAGAACAUCUGUUGCAUCCAAUCGCUCUUAAACUUUCAAAACUUAUGCCCGGUAAACCAAGACUAUUUGCCGAGUCACGUAGACUAGGUGAUCAUGACACCGACGCCAGCAAUCCGGCGUUCCACGGAUCAAUGACUUCCGUCGACGACGACACAGACGAAAUAAACAAAUUCAAAUUAAAUCUAAACAGCAGUGGAGUUGCCAGUGAUCCCGAAAGGAAUGGCAAACUCGAACAGAAUACAGUCGCUUACAUGCGGAAACUUGAUGCCCUCAAAGAAGUCUCCCUUGAAGUAACCAAUGAAGUUGGUAAGGGUACAAAGCUAUGAUAGACAUUAACACGUUCUAAUUUGAUCAAAAAGUGCUUCAACUUCCCAAGAACGAUCUUCCGAACACUAUCUUGAUAGUACUGAUUAUUGCUGAUAUUCGCUGUCGUUGAGGUGCUUUAACCGACUGACGAUCUUAUUGAUCGAGUUAUUCGAAUUAUUAUUUCUUAAAAGUUGUGUAAAUAACGCAUUUUAUUAUCAUUUUUUUUUUUUAUAAAUUAAUUAAUGGUAAGAAAAUUUAGAUAGACAAUUAAUUAUUAACUUUUUUUAGACUCAAUUAAUUAGUCUUAGAUUACUACUAUCAAGACAAUACUCGUCGACGUUUGUUGAUGAUUGUUGAUCAUAUAUUUGAAUGAUAUAUUGUAUAGAAGAGUAUUAAUAAGGGUUAACUUUAAUUGAUAUUGUUAAUAAAUGCCAAAUAUAUAUAUUUAUGAAAGGAAUGAGUAAAUAAAUAUAUUUAUGAUGCCGUACUUAGGUUAGCUAUACAAUGAAUGUGCGUAUGGAUUAUGAUGCGUGACGGAGUUUACUUUGUAAAAAUUUAUAUAUAAAUUAAAAUGAAAUUUUUUUAAUUAAUUAUGAUUGCAAUAAUUAUUGAGAGUGAUAUUUUACAAAUAGAUUUAUAUGGAUAUUAUGUAUAUGCUCAUUAAUUAAUAAAUAUAACCGGACAAUACGUAAUGACGUUGCGAAUUAAUUUGUCGAUUCGUAUCGAAUUUAUACGUUAGUAAAUAUUAAUGUCUAGGUUUUGCGAUAUUUAGUUUGUAAUAAGGGUUAAAAUGGUACAUUAUAUUUUUAGUUGACAUCCGGGGCAAUAUGAGACACUAUUUUUGAAAUAAAACAAAUUUUUUUCUAUAAAUCUGAUCGAUUUUUCCGUCUUUUUUACAGAUAAAAAUUUUUUUGACCAUAAAAAUAGUGUCUUAUAUUGCCCUGCUCUUUUCUAUAUGUAUACGGAUAUAUAAAUAUGAUAUAAUACGUAGACUUGAUUAUAUUUUUGUCCAUUGAAAUUAUAAAAAUAUGAAAAAAUGUAAAGAAAAUUAGGAAUAAAAAUAAAUGAAAUAAAAAAGUUAUUUCACGCUUAUGGAAUUUAUAGUUUUUAAUUCUCUUGGGGUGGAGACGAGCCUCAUUUGAAUGCGAAACGUUGAAUUUGUUAGUACAUAAUGUAAUAUAUAUUACGGUACAAAGAGUUUUGGAGAGUAGGAAAAAGAUAGAGAUGAGGAAGAAAGUGUACGAGAGAAUAGUAAUAAUUAAUGAGUGGAUGAGACACGUGACGUUAGUUUGUGUGGACUUUGUCUUGAAUUAUUAAGGUCUGAGUACAAAAUAUUACGCAUACUCUUGGAUACUUUAAUUUACAACCAAUUUGUGUAAGGUAUUGUAAUUAAAUCAGGUGAUUUUAUUUUAUAUAAAUAUAUCACCUGGAUUAUGCAUAAAGAAUAUUGUAAUUAAAUGACGUAAAUAUUUUUAUCAAUAAUAGUCUGUAAUUAUUAUUAUUGUUAAUGGAUGAAAGUAAAAUUGUUGAUUUAAAAGUUUGUGACAAUAAAAUUAUUUGA